GCCCCCCGACCCCCAGCUCAGCCGGGGCCGCCGCCCCCCAUCAUGCGCUGGGGGGGUCUCCUCCUGCUCCUCCUGCUCCGCGGGGCGCUGGGCGCAGGACGCCCCCCCGGGAGCGAAGGGCGACGGAGAGCUCGGGAUACGCCCGAGGGGACCCGGAUCAGCCAGGACCUGGGCGGGGGCAGCCUGGCCAUCGACACCCUGCCAGCCAACGAGACACGGAUCGUGGAGGACAACCACAGCUAUUACGUGUCGCGGGUGUUCGGCCCCGGCGAGGCCCAGAGGAAGGGGCUGUGGGUGGACAUGGCAGCCGCCAACGGGAGCCAAGCCAAGAUCCACGGGAUCCUCUCCAACACUCACCGCCAGGCCUCGAGGAUCAUCCUCUCCUUUGACUUCCCCUUCUACGGCCACCUCCUGCGGCAGGUCACGAUAGCGACGGGCGGUUUCAUCUUCGUGGGGGACGUGAUCCACCGCAUGCUCACGGCCACCCAGUACAUCGCCCCCCUCAUGGCCAACUUCAACCCCAGCUACUCCCGCAACUCCACCGUGCAGUACCUGGACAACGGGACAGUUUUUGUGGUGCAGUGGGACAAGGUGUAUCUGCAGGGGAAGGAGGACCUGGGCAGCUUCACCUUCCAGGCAGCCCUGCACAGCAGCGGCAGGAUCGUCUUUGGCUACAAGGAGAUCCCGGUGCCAGUCCUGCAGAUCAGUGCCACCCAGCACCCCGUCAAGGCCGGGCUCUCCGACGCCUUCAUGGUCCUCAACCCCUCUCCCGACGUGCCUGAGUCCCGACGCCGGACCAUCUACGAGUACCACCGCGUGGAGCUGGACACCAGCAGGAUCAGCAGCCUGUCGGCUGUGGAGUUCACUCCCCUGCCCACCUGUCUCCAGCACCAGAGCUGUGAAACGUGCGUGACCUCGGAGCUGACCUUCAACUGCAGCUGGUGCCACGUCCUGCAGAGGUGCUCCAGCGGCUUUGACCGGUACCGUGAGGAGUGGCUGUCCUAUGGCUGUGGCCAGUCAGAUGAGAAGACCUGUGAGGAUCUGGCAGAGGGCAGCCACUACUCAGCCCCUCCUGACAGCUCUUUGUCCCCUCAGACCGAGGGUGUCACCCCCUCCACGUCCUCGCUCUUCAUCGACAGCCUCACCACCGAAGACGACACGAAGCUCAAUCAGUUCGCAGGAGCAGAGGGCAUGGGGAGCAGCCUCCCUUCCAAGACAGCCCCGAUUCCCACCGGCACCAUCGUGGGGAUCGUCCUGGCCGUGCUGCUCGUGGCCGGCAUCAUCCUGGCUGGGAUCUACAUCAGCAGUCACCCCACCUCCAACGCCGCCCUCUUCUUCAUCGAGCGGAGGCCGCACCGCUGGCCUGCCAUGAAAUUCCGGAAUCACACCCACCACGCCACCUACGCCGAGGUGGAAGCAGCCAGCCAGGAAAAGGAGGGAUUUGUGGAAGCAGAGCAGUGCUGAGCGCCCCCCCCCCCGCCCUCCAUCUCCAGCCCCAGCCUUGCAUCCCGGACCUCCCGUCGUCCCACGUGUCGGAAC